AUGCCUAGAAUUAUUGUCCAAAAACCCUUCCUGUUAGGAAGGACAUUAAUUAAUGGUACGAACUUAGUGAGUAAGUCACCCAAUACAUUUAUUAAGUUUAAUCCACAUAUAAAAAGACAAUAUUCAAAUUACCAAUAUCAAAGAUUUAACAAUCAAAAUGGAAGAUCAUUUUCACAAUUAUUAUUUGAUCCCGUAGGUAGAAAAUAUUUAGCAAUAAUAUUUGGUGGUGGUUCAUUAUUCUAUUUUACUCACCGAGAAGAAGCCCCAAUGAGUGGCCGUAAAAGAUUCAUCUGGAUUCCACGAUGGUUAGAAUUAAAGAUAGGUAACCAUACCUACAAAACAAUUAUCCGAGAGACCGGGAAUGCAAUAUUGCCGGAAGAUCAUCCAAUGACCAAGAAAGUCGAGCGUAUAUUUACGAAAAUUGUGGAAGCUGCAUACAAGGACCCUGAAGUGGAUAAAAGUUUGUUAGAUGGUAUUCAAUGGAGAAUACAUGUUGUUAACGACCCAACUCAACCACCGAAUGCAUUUGUUCUGCCGGGAGGGAAAGUGUUUGUCUUUGGUAGCAUUUUGGGGAUUUGUAAGAACGAGGAUGGUCUAGCAACAGUGUUGUCCCAUGAGUUUGCACAUCAAUUGGCAAGACAUACCUCCGAAAAUUUAUCAAAGGCACCGAUAUAUGCUUUUAUAAGUCUUUUAAUAUAUUCUGUGAUUGGAGUUAAUGGAUUAGAUAACUUGUUGACUGAUGGUUUAUUAAGGAUGCCAGCUUCUAGACAAAUGGAAACAGAAGCUGAUUAUAUUGGCUUAAUGAUUAUGGCAAGAGCUUGCUUUAAUCCUUCCGAAGCUAUUAAUUUAUGGAAGAGAAUGAGUGAAUUUGAACAAAAAUCACAUAUGAAUGGAAGGACUUUAGAAUUCUUGAGCACUCAUCCUGCUAGUGAAAGGAGAAUCCAUAAUAUGGAGAAUUGGAUGGCCCAAGCGAAUGGUAUCCGUGAAGAAUCUGAUUGUGGCUCCGUGAAUAAUUAUUAUAGAGGAUUUCAAGAUUCCUUAUUUGGGUCAUCCCUUCCAUCAAUCCCAAUUCCAUCGUCCCCUUUUCCUGGAUUUUAA